CGGUCUGGAGUGUUUGACACCUACCUCAGAAUUGGGAUGUCUUUGUCACGUGCGGAGGGGAUGGAGGAUUGGCGCUUUGGCAAUACCACUAUGCCAACCCCUCUCUUUCACCCUUCUCUUCCACCACCACCACCUUUUCCUCCACCUCCCACGACCCCGGCGCCCUCUCCCACCUGAACGUGCAUUUCCUGUCCCCUCAGCCUCUGGUCGCGUUCGACUAGCAUAAGGAUAAGGCCGGUCUCUGUGCCAUCGUCUCUUUGGGUAACACCU